AUGAGCUUUGAGGGCGGCCCCAGCGGCAGUCGGCGCCGCGGGGAGGAGAGCGGGGACGCCGAGCCGCCCCCGCCGCCGCCGCCGCCGCCGCCAGGAGAUCCAGCCUCGGUCCCCGCGCCCCCGCGCUACCUGCCACCGCUGCCCGCGCCGCCCGCGUCCCCCGAGCGCCCCGCGGCGCCCGACGAGCCGCCGGCGGAGGUGGCCCCGCGGCGCAGCGGCGCGGAGGAGCUGCCGCCGGCAGGGCAGGAGGUGGCCGCGGCUGGCGACUCCGGGGGAGGUCCGAGGCGCCUUCCGGACACGACGGUCCCGGAGACGGCGGCGGGGAAGGGCGGCCCCGGGGAGCCGGAGGUCGGCGCGGGCGGGGAGGGCGAGCAGCGGGGCUCCAGCGAGCAGCCCGAGACGCGCUCGGUAUGUAGCAGCCGCAGCAGCAGCAGCGGCGGCGGCGACCGGCGCUCCGGGCACCAGCACCAGCACCACCAGCCCAUCUGCAAGAUCUGCUUCCAGGGCGCCGAGCAGGGGGAGCUGUUAAACCCCUGCCGAUGUGAUGGGUCCGUUCGGUAUACACAUCAGCUGUGCUUGCUGAAGUGGAUCAGUGAGAGGGGUUCCUGGACCUGUGAACUCUGCUGUUACAGAUACCAUGUCAUAGCCAUUAAAAUGAAGCAACCUUGCCAGUGGCAAAGCAUUUCUAUAACACUGGUUGAGAAAGUUCAGAUGAUUGCUGUAAUCCUAGGAUCCCUGUUCUUAAUAGCGAGUGUGACCUGGCUCCUCUGGUCGGCCUUCAGCCCCUAUGCAGUGUGGCAGAGGAAGGACAUCCUUUUCCAAAUCUGCUAUGGAAUGUAUGGUUUUAUGGAUCUAGUGUGCAUAGGUCUCAUUGUCCAUGAAGGAGCUGCAGUUUACAGAGUGUUUAAACGCUGGCGAGCUGUCAACUUACACUGGGAUGUAUUAAAUUAUGACAAAGCCACAGACAUCGAAGAAAGUAGCCGGGGAGAGUCUUCCACAAGCAGAACUUUAUGGUUGCCAUUGACGGCUCUACGAAACAGGAACUUGGUCCACCCAACACAGUUGACCUCCCCAAGGUUUCAGUGUGGUUACAUGUUAUUACAUCUGUUCAGUCGGAUGAGGCCCCAUGAAGAUCUGUCAGAAGAUAACAGCUCGGGGGAGGUCGUCAUGAGAGUGACUUCAGUGUGACAAAGCUAAGAAGGUGCGGUGUGGACCACCCUGCACAUUUUGGAAUGUAAUUGCAAUGAAUGGCAAAACCAUAGCACUUCUAAAAACACACAUCUAUGAACUUUUUAAAAUUUAUGCUUUUUAUAUGAACAUUUGAAUUGCAAAUACAUUUUUCUGAAAAAAAGAGUCCUCCUGUUCUUUGCUUUCUGAUUUAUCACAUCUUUUAUAAGUUGGUACUUGAAAUCAUUAUACAUA